AUGACAGCAGGAAAUCACUCUACAGUGACCGAGUUCAUCCUCGCUGGGCUAACAGAGAAACCAGAACUCCAGCUGCCCCUUUUCUUCCUCUUCCUAGGAAUCUAUGUGGUCACGGUGGUGGGGAACCUGGGCAUGAUCACACUGAUAGGGCUCAGUGCCCACUUGCACACCCCCAUGUACUACUUCCUCAGUAGCUUGUCCUUCAUUGAUCUCUGCCAUUCCACUGUCAUUACCCCCAAAAUGUUAGUGAACUUUGUGACAGAGAGAAAUUUUAUCUCCUACCAAGCAUGCAUGACUCAGCUCUACUUCUUCCUUGUAUUUGUUAUCUCAGAAUGUCACAUGUUGGCUGCAAUGGCAUAUGACCGCUAUGUUGCCAUCUGUAACCCAUUGCUUUACAAUGUCACCAUGUCUUACCAGGUCUGCUCUGGGAUGGUAGUUGGCGUAUAUAUCAUGGGCUUGACUGGUGCCACAGCUCACACUGGCUGCAUGUUAAAAGUGCUUUUCUGCAAAGCUGAUAGGAUCAACCAUUACUUCUGUGAUCUCUUCCCACUCCUGGAGCUUUCCUGCUCCAGCACUUACAUUAAUGAGGUGGUGGUUUUGUGUUUCAGUGCAUUUAAUAUCCUUGCCCCCAGCCUGAUGAUCCUUAGCUCCUACGUCUUCAUCCUCUCCAGCAUCCUCCGCAUCCGCUCCACUGAGGGCAGGUCCAAAGCCUUCAGCACCUGCAGCUCCCACAUCUCAGCUGUGGCUGUCUUCUAUGGAUCUGCUGCCUUCAUGUACCUGCAGCCAUCAUCUGUGAGCUCCAUGGACCAAGGGAAAGUGUCCUCUGUGUUUUAUACCAUCAUUGUGCCCAUGCUGAACCCCCUGAUCUAUAGCCUGCGGAAUAAGGAUGUCAAGGUUGCCCUAAAUAAGAUCCUUGAAAAAAGAAGAAAAGAGGUAUUUUGCCUGACCAAAAACUUAUAAUUCUCCAAUGAGGUUUGAUAAGGAAACAGUGCAGAGACAGCGAUGUAUGUCUACAAGUAAUGGGAUUGUUGUGACUACCUGAUAAUUUGGAAAAACAGUGUAGGAGGAGACUGGAUCAUAGUGCCAGUCAUAUGGAAAGCAGGACCAUACAAUGCCAUGUUUUGGACAUAGAAUUGGACACCACAUGGACAUCAGAGAGCACCAAGUAUACUGGGGUUAGAAAGCACAGCUCAGACAAAUAAAAUUUGCAGAAUUAGAGUAUCCUCUAGAAAUAGAAUGCACAAAAUUGGCAUUUACUAACCUAAAUAGGUGAAAUAAGUCAAGUACAAUUCUUCUGCUAAUUCUUUAAUUAUCUUUAAAUAUGUUUUUCAAGACUUUUAACUUGUACUAGUUAUUUGAAAGGACAAAAUGUUAUAAAUGACUGUGAUUGUCAUAUAGGGUUCAUAAGCUAUUUUAAUUUUACAUGGUUGGUUUGAAGACCGUGACUAAUCAUAUUAGAUAUCAUAUACCACCUGCCAGAACUCUAUGGUAAGGUCUUACCAGUAUGCUUUUCUCUCUCUCUUCCUCUUUUUAAAUUCAGGUGUAGUUGGCAUACAAUGUUACUUUAGUUUCAGGUGUACAACAUAGUGAUUCAACAUAUGUUAUGCUACGUUAUCCACAAAUGUAGCUACCAUCUGUUACUAUACAACACUAUUCUAAUAUCAUUGGCUAUAUUCCCUAUACUGUGCCUUUUAUUCUUAUGACUUACCCAUCCCAUAACUGGAGGCCUGUUUAUCUCAAUUCCCUUCACUCAUUUUGCUCAUUUCCCCCAAUCCUCUCCCUUCUGGCAACCAAGAGUUUAUUCUCUGCCUUUAUGGAUCUGAUCAUCUAUGAUGAACUUAAACAUUGUAUGAUGUUUCUAUUUUUAGUAUUUCAAAGAACCUCUACACUAUUUUCCACAGUGGCUAUACCAAUUUACAUUCCCACCAACAGUACACAAGCAUUCCUUUUUCUGCCCAUCCUCACCAAAUACUUGUUAUUUUUUGUCCUUCUGAUUUUAGUCAUUCUGAUAGGUGUAAGGUGAUAUCUCAUUGUGGUUUUCUUUGAAUUUCCUUGGUGAUUAAUAUAUGGCCAGCCAUAUAUAUUCUUUUUUUUUUUUUGAAAAAAAAGUCUUAUACUUUUUAAAAAUUUAUUUUUUUUAAAUUUC